AUGCCAAGAUUUCAGAGGGUUUACAUUUGCUUGCAAGCUUGUAAGCAAGGGUUCUUGGAUGGUUGUAGGCCUUAUAUAGGGUUGGAUGGUUGCCACAUCAAAGGCCCUCACCCUGGCCAAUUGCUACGUGCUGUAGGAGUUGAUGCAAAUAAUGGGAUGUUCCCAUUGGCAUAUGUUGUAGCUGAAGUUGAGAGUUACAAUACUUGGAAGUGGUGUUGUUUGAAGCAUUUAUAUGCAAAUUUCUUGAAGGAACAUAAAGGAUUGGCCCUAAAGCUGCAAAUGGAAUCAAUAGCAAGGGCCACUACACUGCCAUGGUUUGUUGAGGAAAUGAAGAAGAUGUUAGAGUUAGAUAUAGUUGCACAUGCUUGGUUAUGUGAGAGGGAUGCAAGUCAAUGGGCUAGAUCCCAUUUUAGAACUAACUUUAAAUGUGACAUUUUGAUGAAUAACUUAAGUGAGGCUUUUAACUCAUCCAUAUUACCUGCAAGGAACAAGCCUGUGUUGAUUGCUUUGGAGAGGAUUAGAAUGUAUUUAAUGAUCUUAAUGGCUUCAAGGAGAGUAGCCAUGGAUAAGUGGCAUGGUCAAGUUGGGCCUAGAGGGGUAUUGGAGGUAAAUGAGGCAGCUGGGCAGUGGUGCAUUCCAAGGCAUGCAGGGCAAAAUAAAUUCCAAGUGAUACAUCACAGUGGGAGACAGUUUGUGGUAGAUUUGAAUGCCCACACAUGCUCUUGCAGAGCAUGGGAUCUCAGUGGUCUUCCUUGCCUCCAUGCUUGUGCUGUAGUGAGUAGAUUCCAUGGGAAUCCAGAAGAUUAUGUGCAUGACUUCUACAAGAAGGAUGCUUAUCUAAGAACUUAUAGGGACAUGAUUCACCCAUUGCCUAGCCAAGACUUAUGGCCUAAAAGUGGUUUACCUUCUUUGAAGCCUUCUCUUUACCAUAAACAACCUGGUAGGCCAAAGAAGAGUAGGAAGAAGGCAUCUGAUGAGCCUAAAAAGAAAUCAAAUCCCAACAAACUCCAAAGAUACCACACUGUCAUCAAAUGUAGCAAUUGUGGGCAAGAGGGCCAUAACAGAACUAAAUGUAAGGAGCCAAUGAAGAACCAACCAAGGCGUAAACAUUUGUAA